AUGGUGGAUGAGCACUUUGAAGCAGGAAUUAGGACUAGUUACUUAGUGGUGAGUCGGGUGGAGGUCAGUGGCGAGGCUAGCGGCAAAUUUGGCGUCAAGGAUUUCAGAUCAGAUGCUAGAGGAAAAUGGAUUCUUUCCCAGAGGAUAAGGAACUCUAGAAGGGUGAUUGAAUGUCGAAGAGACAUAGAUUGGUUGGAUUCCCCUUUUCUUGCCAUUUAUGAGUCCCUAAUACCAGCAGCAGAGGAAAAGGCUAAGCAAAAGCAGUUGAUGACAUUGUUGGAGAAACUUGUUUGCAAGGAGUGGCCUAAUGCUAAGCUGUAUCUUUAUGGAUCAUGUGCCAAUUCUUUCGGAGUCUCAAAAAGUGAUAUUGAUGUUUGCCUUGCCAUUGAUGACCAAAAUCUCAACAAGUCUGAUAUAUUAAUGAAACUGGCUGAUAUUUUACAGUCCGAUAAUCUCCAAGAUGUGCAGGAACAAUGGGUCGUGACUAUUUUAUGAAAUUAGCAGUGGAAAGCUAUGAUAAGGCUUGGAUUGUGUGAAUUUCUUUGUAGAUUAUGGGUACUGCUAAUUAGUUUAUUUUAGAUUUACAUUGAAUUAUUCAAGUUACAUCGAAUGUCAAAUUUGAAGAUUAUUUUGUUGUACUCCGAUUCUAUACAAUUUGUUAUUCCACGAAUACUUCUU